CUAUUCAGGGCUCCGCGCUUUCCAGCCUCGGAGGCCUCGGUCUCGGGAGACGUCACAGCUAAGGGAGCUCGGAAUAUCAUGGGGAAGCGGGAUAACCGGGUGGCAUAUAUGAACCCUAUUGCAAUGGCUCGAGCCAAGGGUCCCACAUCUUCCGGAGGUCCCACCAUACAGGAUUAUCUGAGCCGACCAAGACCUACUUGGGAAGAAGUGAAGGAGCAGCUGGAGAAGAAGAAAAAAGGCUCCCGAGCACUGGCAGAGUUUGAAGAGAAGAUGAAUGAGAGUUGGAGGAAGGAACUGGAAAAGCACAGAGAGAAAAUCAUCAGCGAUAAUUCUUCAAAGAAGAAGGAGAAACGGAAAAAGGAAAAGAAGAAAUCUGGUGGGUUGUCUUCAUCAUCUUCCUCUACAUCAUCGACUUCUGCUUCUUCCAGCAGUUCUGAAGAAUCCGAAAUUGAGACCAAGAAAAAAACUUCAAAGAGAAAAAAGAAGAAAAAGCAUUCCCGCAAGACUUCAGACAGCAGCUCUGACUCUGAGAGCAAGGAUUCUGUGAAGAAGAAGAAAUCCAAAGAGGAGCACGAGAAAGAUAAGGACGGGAAAAGUAUAAGCAGGAAGAGAAGACAUCCAGACGGCAAUGAUCAGAGAGACUCUUCUUAUGACUCCUCUUCUGGAUCAGAAUCAGAAGGAGAGGCAUAUAGGAAAAGAAGAAGAAGCAGCGAAGAACAAGCUUAUAAAGCCAAGAAAAAGAAGAAGCACAAGAAACACAGCAAGAAGAAGAAAAAGAAAUCUCACGCCUCCAGCUCGGAUUCUGAAUAACAAUCCUUAGAUACGCCCGCACACGUGCAAUGACUGUGAACAGCCCAACUCCAUCCCCGUUCUGUACUUAGAUCUUCUGUGCCGCAGUUGACUGUUUCAUGACAAAAGCAUCUCCGAGGGGAACACCCUGCGCAAUGUGGAGUCACUUUUUUUUUUAUUUAAUUGCCACCAGAGAUACAUUUUUUUUUUUGGUAACUGUAUUAUACAAGGGAGGGGAGGGGGGGGGUGACUUUUUUUCCUAGCACAAUAUCUGGUACCACACUCGCACAGUAAUGUUACCUCAAACCCCAGACUUAUCCUAAGGGCGCAUUCACACUACUGAAUAUCCACCUGGAGAAAUUUCGGGUGGCCAUUCCGUGCACAGCAGGUUCCGACUGUCUAUGCUAGGACCUGCACCGUCACCAGUGAUGGCAAUGUGUGUCCCAGCGCAUCCGCCGAAAGAACGAACAUGUCCACAUGUUCUGGAAUUUUCCACCGCUGAAAUUUAGCAUUGUUCCCGGUGUAGCAAAAUCCUAUUGAAAACAAUGGGGGGCUGCAGCAUUGCAACUUCCUGGCAGAGUUUCUCUGCUCCAAAAUCCUGUAGUGUGAAUGCGCCCUAAAUGUAACCAAUCCAGGCAGCCAUCAAUAAGAGUUCACACUGCAGACCUGCUACAAACCAGUGCUAUAGUGAGGCACGGAGCACAACGGUCCAGGCAGCAAUGGGGAUUUGAACCCUAAUUUCUGAUACAGAUUCUGCAUCUUCGCAUCUCAUAGGGUUUGCGUAGGGACAUGUGUAGGGACAUGUUGAAUCGCAUUUAUGGUCGCCUGUAUGUAUGUGUAAGGCUAUGUUCACACGGAGGAAUUCAGUGGGAAAGUUUUGCUCGGACACGUCUAUUCUUUCUGCUCGGAAAUGCAUUGCCGUCUAUGAGACAGAGUAUAUCCGAGUGGUUCGAGCUCCCAUUUUCGGCCAAGUGAACAUGGCCUUAAAAGACAUCUGCAGCAAAAUACAACUUAUCCCCUAUCCACAGGAUAGGGGAUAAGGGUUUGAUCGUGGGGGUCCGACUGUUGGUACCCCCCGCGAUCUUCUGCAUGGGGCUGCGGCUCUCCCAUGCAGGAGGCGUGCCGACGGCAGCGUGACAGUGUUUGUGGCCACCCGUCUCGCCAAUAAUACUUUAUGUGCAGGGGGCGUACGCGCAUGUGCAGGGGGUGUACGCUCACAUAGAGCGACAAUGUGGGGCCCCGUUUGGGAGAUCACGGUCGGUUCCAGUGGUCGGACCCCCCGCAAUCAAACACUUAUCCCCUAUCCUGUGUAUAGGGGAUAAGUUGUAUUUUGCUGCAGAUGUCCUUUAAAGGGGUACUCCGGUGGAAAACAAUUUAUUUAUUUAUUUAUUUUUUUUUUUUUUAAACAACUGAUGCCAUAAAGUUAAACAGAUUUGUAAAUUAC